UCCUCUGACCUUCCUUUUCUUCCUGCAGUUGACGGACUGGACAAAGCCUCUAUAGCGAACUCGGAUGGCCCAGCGGCAGGUUCCCAAACGCCGCCCUUCAAGAGGAAAGGGAAGCUCUCCACCAUUGGUAAAAUCUUUAAGCCUUGGAAGUGGAGGAAAAAGAAGACCAGUGACAAAUUCAGAGAAACCUCAGCAGUGUUAGAAAGGAAGAUAUCCACAAGACAAAGUAGAGAGGAGCUGAUAAGAAGGGGAGUUCUUAAGGAGUUGCCUGAUCAAGAUGGAGAUGUAACAGUUAACUUUGAAAAUUCAAACGGGCACAUGAUACCCAUCGGAGAGGAGUCUACCCGAGAGGAAAAUGUAGUAAAAUCUGAAGAAGGUAAUGGCUCUGUCGCUGAAAAAGCGCCACCUCUGGAGGAAAAAGCAGAAGAGAAGACAGAGAACACUGAAAACCACUCUGAAACACCGGCAGCUCCUGCUCCACCUCCUUCAACUCUUCCUAAGCCUAAACCCAAACCUAAGCCCCAAAAAACACCCGUGCCUCCAAAAGGGGCUGCUGCUGGGGCCAGCCCCAAGGGUGACGAAGUGCCUCCUAUUAAAAAAAAUACCAAGGCUUCUGGUAAGCAGGCCCCCAUCCCUCCACCCAAGCCAACAAGCCGAAACACGACCCGAGAGGCCGCUGGUUCCUCUCAUUCAAAAAAAACAACGGGCUCCAAAGCAUCAGCUUCACCAUCUACUUCCUCCACUUCAUCUUUUCUCAAAACUUCAAAGGAGAUAGUUUCUAGCAAAACAGGGACGGUGGGAACCACAAAGGGCAAGAAAAAAACUGGCAAGCGGCCCACGUCUCGGCCAUCCACAGAUGCAACCACUUCUGGGACGUCCGACCUUAAAGGAGAGCCUUCGGAGACCAAGGUGGAGAGCCUCAAAAGCGAGCAGCCUGGCCCUGGGGCCGAGGAGCCGAGCACAGGCAAAUCCAAGUCUGAAGUCCCCCCGCCUCCGGGGGCCCCUCCGCCUCCUCCGCCUGCCCCUCACCUUGUUCUGGAAGAUCAGUGCGAUUUUGCCUCUGACACUCCUGUUGUCCUGGUCAGCGAUGGAGCCGACCUGCCUGUCCCUGCCUUAGACCCAAGUCAGCUUCUCUGGACUGAAGAGUCGACCAACAGAACCACUGUCCACGCAGGCCCUGGCUUAAGUGUUAGCAGAGAAAAUGCAAAAUGUUUCGCAGCCAAAGACGAGCUGAGAAAGGCAGCACCUCAGCUGCUGGCUCCUGGGCUGAUGGGGGACUCUUCCGAAUCCUUCAGUGCCCCAGAGGACGAAGGCCACAGGGAGUCCCGGGCCACCGACUCGGACUCCGAUGGGCCCAUCCUGUACACCGACGACGACGACGAUGACGACGAGGAGGGCGAGGACGGCAGUGGAGAAAGUGCUUUGGCAAGUAAAAUCCGUCGAAGGGAUACCCUUGCUAUCAAACUUGGCAACAGACCGUCCAAAAAAGAAUUAGAGGACAAGAACAUCUUGCAGCGGACAUCUGAAGAAGAGAGGCAGGAAAUCCGACAGCAAAUUGGAACCAAGCUAGUCAGGAGACUUAGCCAGAGGCCCACAACUGAGGAAUUAGAGCAAAGAAAUAUCCUGAAACAGAAGAAUGAAGAGGAAGAACAGGAAGCAAAAAUGGAACUUAAACGUAGACUCAGCAGAAAGCUCAGCCUGAGACCCACGGUGGCAGAGCUACAGGCUCGAAGGAUCCUGCGGUUUAACGAGUAUGUAGAAGUCACCGAUUCUCCCGACUACGAUCGCCGGGCAGACAAGCCCUGGGCCAGGUUGACACCUGCAGACAAGGCAGCAAUAAGGAAAGAACUAAAUGAAUUUAAAAGCACAGAAAUGGAAGUUCACGAAGAGAGUCGACAGUUUACAAGGUUCCAUCGUCCGUAAUGAGGUGCGAGACCCUUUGGAAAAUAGACUGAUCAUCUUUGGGGGAAGCCUGGCUCCCCGAACACCUGAUAUUGCACUGGGAUUUGAUUGUGUGUGUUUCCGUGUACCUUGUGGUGAAGGAAGCGUGCGGAAAGUGGAAGCGCAUAGAAAGUGCUCCCCGCCUGUACAGCCCACAUGUGGCCAACAAGCAAAGGGACAGGUAUAGUGACCCUGCUGUUCAGCAUAUGUAUUGAUGGUAAGGGACACAAUGGUUACAUGAGUUGUUCUUCAUCAGGGGUUUUAAUCAAAGAAGAUGAGCAGAAGACAAUCGCUGGCUCCCUAUUACCAGAAAGCCAAAUUUUAAAGUGCGGGUUUUAAAAAAGUGGAGAAUGGAAUGACUGGGCACUGGCAAGGGGUGGGGGUUGAAAAACAGAAAGAGAAAUUUUUCAUUAUGUUAAUGAAAAAGAGAAAAUUGAAGCUUAAAUGUAUUUUUGAAGUAGGCUUUUGAUAGCUGAGAACUUAUUAAGGGAUUGGGGGAUCUAAUCACCCGCUGUGGAUUCUUACAGACCUGAUCCUAGAAGAAUAUUCUUUCACCAUUAUGUUCUACAGUAUAGUACCAUUAUUUUAUGUUGUGCCAGUGAAUCCAAUUGCCACAAAUAAGUCUGAGUGUUUUCAUGCAUCUUUUUCUUAAAUGCAAGAGGCUUUUAUGUACUCUUAGCAAGCAUGCUUACCCAAAUUCUGUUGCAUGCUUUAAGUAGCAUAACUAUACACACUUCACUUUUUUUAUACUCUUUUCCUAAUGACCAACCUUCUAGAAGGAUAACAAGACUGGGAAUGAAGUCACACAGGAUGUGACCCUAUUCAUCUGUAGCAAGCUUUAGAAAUAAAUCUUUUGGUCUUUCCCUCGCUUGAUUAUCUCCAAGGUGGAAACAACCAUACUUGAUCUAAGGAAGAUAAUAUCGACAAUCACAUCUUUUUUAAAAAAAAUCUGAAUCCAAAAUUAAAACUUAAGCAAAAUGCAAGUGUUCUGCCAGCAGUUAGCUUUGAGCGGGACUGCAAAGGACUACUUAUUUCCAGUGCUGCAUUCAGUUGGAUCGCUGCUAUUAAAAAGAUAAAGCACAGGGAUCAAAGAAAUACUCACCCAAAGACAUAAAGGAACACAGAAAAUUGUUGCUAAGUCGAGAGUGAGGAGAAUCUCAUUUUGUGUUUUAUGAGUGUGCAGAUUGCAUCCAUAAAUAUAACAUUGACUUUCACUGCAAAAAAAAUAGGUGACUUUAAAAUUAUGGAAGGUGUCCCUCUGCGCCUACAGUCUGUAUUGUUUACAUUAAUAAACCCUCUGUUGUCAUCUUGCAUUUUCCAUGGAGUCACAGGCACAGCAUGGCUUCUGCGCCCAGACACAUACGACCACAUGUAAAUACUACCUUGCACUUAAUUGUUUUUCACAAUUGUUUUGUGCCCCUUUUAUUAAAAACACAUGAUUUGUAUAAUAAGACAAGACCUAAAUAGACUUCAUUUUAUUCUCAGAGCUUGGACAAGAAUUUUCUGAAAUGAUUCUGGUUCAUAAUGUGGAAGACUGUAAUUUUCAAUUUCAACCAAAAAGCAAACAUUUCAUCUGGUAGAUAAAUUUGGAUCCUGCCAUUUAUUGAUAUUUUAAAAAACCACUUGAAAUUAGAUGAUUUUGCUUAAAAGUAAAAAUAUUUGGCCCCAAUUAGUCUAUUACAAAAAAAAACAGGACCAUUUAUAACUAAGAAGAGUGACCAGCACUGUUGCACCUCUUGCCACACUAGCCACGUGCAUUAAUGAAAUAAACAUAGAUUUCUGCACUGCUGUUAUUUCACUAACAGGGUGAGACAUAGUUUUGCUCUGGAAAAUGUUUCUGAUGCCUGGGUGUCUUUCUCUGGCUGAGGUUUAGUCCAUUUCAUAGGGUUUCAAUCCAGCCAUAGACAUAACAUUACCUAUGUCCUAAUUUUUGGCUGAAGUCACCCUCUUCCUUACAUUAUUGUAUUAUUAGUUUAUUGUCUUGGGAAAAGUACCAAGGAAUGUAAUGUUACUUUAAUUAUCUAUACUUAGGAUUUUUGAACAAAUCACAAAGCCUCACCUCCAUAAAAACGAUAACUAUAAGACAUCACUAUUUUGUCACUCAAUAUACAUGUCAUAGAAAGUCCCUAUUUAGCUGAUAAAAGGAACAGUUCUUUCCCCUCUAGUGGUGCAUGUAAUGCAAUUUUUUAUUCCUACCCUGAGGUGCACCCAGACAAAAAUGAGAAUCUGGUGCCUCGAUAUAUUUUCUUGUAUGAUAGGUCAGAUUGAGGAACCUACUCACUUUUUUUCUCCAUACUGAUUUACGUGCUUAGAGAAAAGUUUAAACAACACAAAUUUAAAAGUCAAAAAAACUAACCGCUGCUAGUCCGAUAUAUAAGAAUUGGAACCACCAGUUACUUCUUAGAUUGAUUCUUUAAAUAAAAAGCUGUGGAAAGAAUCAAAGGAUUGUGAAGUAAGCUAUACUUUGCAGAAUAGGCUCUAUUUUAAUAGCUAACUAAAAUGCAGAAACACUGCAUAUCCACCCCGACAGCCCACCCAGAGGUCUUGUGAACCCCGCCCCCCCAUAUAUUGAUGCCUCUGCCAGAGCAUUUCUGCAAUUUCAGCAGUUCUACAAUCCAACCCAUAAGCUAUAGUUCUAGCAAGAAAAUAAGUGUGUGUGUGAAUCUUUUUCCCUAUUUAAACCACGACAUUAGGCUGAUGUAGAGGAAGUGUGUGGGUUUUCCUGAGUCCCCAAAAAACCCAUCUCCAGGAUGGUCCCAGGUAGGAAAGAACUAGACAGACUGUAAGUGGCCAUUUCCAUUAUUCUUAACAUGGAGAAAAGGAACAUUGACAUUGAGGUAGUAAGAAGACUCCCUGGGCUUAUCAGCAUUUUCGUGGCCAUUACCAAUCAGUCCGACAAAUUAGACCUCUGGUGAGCAGCAUUAAUUUAAGGCGACCCUGCCUGAUGGUUUCCUGUGUAUGUGAAAUGUCUUGCAUUUUUAUGGUCAAAUAGUUCACCCUUGUGUUAAUUCCUUAAAUUAUUUACAUUAAAUCUAUAAUAUUCAGAGAACCAUUUUGGGUAUUUCAAUAACUGUUUUACAUACAGGAAAAGACAAACUCGUCUCUCUCUUUGAUUUACCCAGAAAAACUGACUUUCUGGUUUCAUUUUUAUAUCCUUUAUUAGCACAGUGAUUUUUCACUUAAUCUUUUUCUGUUGUUAGUAAAUAUAUUCUGUAAGUAGAAAGUUCUGAAAUUUAAGUGAAGAUCUGUUUAAGGAAGCAGAGGCGUUGAAUACGCCCUUCAAAAAUGAUCCAAUAUUGAAAAUGAGAGGUAAGCUCUUCACACCCAUAAUUCAGGUUUUACAUGCUGCAGUUAAUUCAGUGCUGCGCUGGCACUUUAAAAAAAAUACAGUAGCUUGCACUUAUAAGAGAGAAAAGUCUUCAUUAACACGCCUAUCCUGAUAAGUACCACAUUUUAACACAUAACAGGCAUUGCAUUUAUACUUAAUGGAGUGAGACAGACACAACUUUCAAAAAUUGUACUGUCUUCACAAUAGAAAAGGGCAACCUUGUCUACCGCCUAGUAGUAUGCCCACAUUUAAACAGGAAGGAUUUCUUUUCUCUCUUUCUUUCUUGCUCAACAUUUUCUUCAGUGUUAAUAUUUUUUGAGUGGUCUCAGCAGCACAUUUCACAGUGAGAAAUCUCUUUCAGAACAGGUGAGAGGGAAUCAAAUUCGUACAUGACAUAUAAAUUUAUGUCAUUUCAUCAGUAUGGUAGCUCGAGCAUUCCUAAAUUUCAGUCAUAUUUUUAAACCUAACCUUACUAGUAAAAGUAUGUAUUUUGAAUCAAAAAUGGAUUUCUUCACAUCAUUAGAGUGUGCUGUGAACACUAAGGAACCUUAGAUGCAAUUCAUUACAAAGUUCUCUCUUGGCCUCUUGAAAUAGUUCAUCUUCCACUACUGAGUAUUUGCUCUCUACUGUGGGUUGGCUGUAUCACUUUGUUUUAUUUGACAAAGCAGAAUGAACUUCCAGUACUGAAAUAUAUCCUAGAGGGGAAAAGUAACCAUCAGAUUCACAGGACCAUCUUUCUGAGAAAAAGCACCUCUCCAGAUAAUUCAAACCCAAGUUUCAAAGAGUACCAUGGGGCUCUGCUAUAAUUUGGCAGUGACCAAAGGGUGGUGGGAACAAAGGUAGAAUAGUUUCAAACCAUUCUCACUUUUUUGGUAAUCAUUAAGCUUUAGCUUUGUAUGGAAAUGUGCACCACCAUUAGUAUUUCUAGAAAACACCAGAAACAUAGUCCACUUAAGCUUUUUCAAAGACAGUGUCAUCCCAAAUUAACAAAUCCCAUGGUAUAUACUGUAAGGUUUCUGGCACACACUAAAAGGAGACUCCUAUGGCAGUUAUUCCUGCUGAAAGCCAACCCUACAGGCAAGGGUCAUUUUGAGCUAUGCUAGGAUUUGCUGUACACACACACACACACACACACAGUCAUUUUGCUAGUGUUGCUAGCAUAGCUGUGCAUAUGAGCAAAGCACCCUGGAUCCGUGUUUCUCAGUGGGGGUGCUGUUGGCAUUUGGAGCUUGCACAGCAGUGCCUCACACCGUGUAAGCUGUAUGCUAUCCCAGACCCCUGCUGACUAAAUGCCAGUAGCAUGCUCAGUCACUGUAAAAACCAAACGUACAAAGCUUUCCCCCGUGGUCAGAUGGCCCCCUAGGACGGUGGUUGUCCCUCCCUUGAAUACCACUGUCUACUACAAUUUAGGGCACACAGGAAGAAGUUUCUGUCCCUAAACGUUGUCUCGACUGCCUUGCAUUUCUUUGGAUCCUGAAUGGUUUCAUCUCCCUUCAUUUCUCAAACCUUCUGCUUCGAUUCAGCUUUCAUUUGCCAGUUCUUUGGGGAGGACGUUACUGGGCAGGCCUGGCAGUUCUCAGGGGCAUCUUCACCUGGGUGGCCCCUGGAUGGACUUAACGGAGAGAUUUCACAUGAAGCAGACUUGCUCAUUUUUUGACCAGUUUUACUUCAGAACUAUGCUGUUGCCCAUAACCCUUGUUGAUGUCACGAGGACCCUUGCAUGGCCUAACCACGAACAUGGUGGCUGACAGUCCACGUGAACAAAACCUGUGGUCUCUGAGCAUCACCAUGAGAUGUUACCUGGGAAGCUGCAUCCCAUGAAUUCCAAAACAAUCGCCUGUUUAUCCUGUUAAAGAAGUAUUUAAUCCACAUGCAGGUAUUCACAUUCCCCCUGUGCACAUGUAGUCAUGUGGUUCAACUUUUCCAAAAUUUGUGAACAUUGAAUUACGAAGGAAACGUGGAUUGCAUCUACAUUGUUUAUACUUCAGUGGCAAUCGUGCCCGAAACAGGAUGAGUUUUACCUAGGUGAAACAUUACACUGCACUACCAAUACCUAAAUGUACUUAUUCUCUUUGUUGCUUUUUAUGACCAAACCUGAAUGGUAAAUGUGUCUUGAAUAGAUUUGGAUGAAUUGUAGCUAAUAGAAUGGAAUUAAUUUAGCCACUAUAAUUUCUUUAAAUAUUCAAAUUUCUAAAAAUCUUUUUUGAGAAAGAGCAACUCAGAGUCGAUAAAGGUGGUUAUAUUGUGAACUUUUAGUUGGUGCUUAAGAAUUUGUACCUUGUUAAAUACCAGUAUUUUUUUUUUUUUUAGAAUAAGUUGAAGGGACUAAAUGAGGCAGAAUGCCACUCCACCCUCAGGUCAAUUUUAUGGUAUGUAAAAUGCCGAUAAUAUUUGUGCCACUUGCCAAUUUCGGGGGUUGGGGUGCUUUUCCCUUACUGGAUGCUUCUGUUAUAGUUUGACUAUACCAUUACAUCGCUUAGGGAGCCUCCACAAGGAGAAGUCGCCAUUGCAAUGCUAACAAGGGUUCAAAAACAAUCUGCAUGAAUCUAGGGUCAAACCACUUUCAUGACUUAAAAUAUAGGCACUAAUAUUUUUUAUAUAUUUUUAAAUAUUCUGUGGCUUAGAAAUGUGCCAAUGUGUUCACAACAUUCUGAACCGACUUCACCAGAUUUAGUACCUACCAAAAACUCUUUUUUUUUUUUUUUUGUCUAUGUGACAGUCAUUUUAAAAUAAAGGACAUAGUCGUUCUUUGACUAUUUGAAGCUUUGGUUAAAGUGAUAUGGGUGGGAAGCUGUGACCACUAUCAGACUGACUGACUGACUCCUGAUUUCCAGUGAGUGAUCUGAUCCUACAUGUUGCACAGGUGUACUAUCUAUGAGUGUAAAUAACUGGAACUGUACACCAAUUAACAUGACAGUUUCUCUUUUUUGUUGCUAUUGUUCUUGAUCUGUACUGUAUUAUAGUAUGUGGGUAUAAAUAUCUCCAAGUAUACACACAUAUGUAUAUGUAUUCUACUAUUGUAACCUGAAAGAAAGACUAUGUAUUAUCUUUUUUAUUCUGUACUGGUGUUUGUGUUAUUUAAAAAGCAAAGUUAUGCUCUAUUUAGUUGUAUUAUAUUAUAGGAUACCUUGCUGUGCACAAUUCCAAGUGCCUUAGAACAUUGCUUAGCUUUCUUAAGUAUAUAAAAAUGCAUAUAUGUAUAAAAUUGGGAAAAGUUACCUCAAUAAAAUCGUUGGGAAAUCCCCAGCUCUA